AUCUUUGAUCUUGGAGCCGCCGCCCUCCAGCGCCGUCGACUGCACCGAACGAACAACGAAAGAACGAACAAGCGAACGAACGCCAUGCUCCGUGCCGUCGGCCUUAUCAAGUGUGCCCCUGUCCGAGCCUCCGCCAGAAGCUUCGGCUCCUGCUCGGCUCUGAUGCAAAAGUUCCGUGUGGAGCGGGACACCUUCGGAGAGCUGCAAGUCCCUGCCGACCGCUACUGGGGCGCUCAGACUCAGAGAUCCCUCCAGAACUUCAACAUUGGCGGGCCCUCGGAACGCAUCCCUGAGCCCGUCAUCAAGGCCUUUGGUGUCAUCAAGAAGGCUGCUGCCAUCGUCAACAUGGAGACCGGCCUCGACCGCAAAGUCGGAAAUGCCAUCGUCCAGGCUGCUGACGAAGUCAUCAACGGCAAGCUCCUGGAUCACUUCCCCCUCGUUGUCUGGCAGACUGGCUCCGGCACCCAGUCCAACAUGAACGCUAACGAGGUCAUCGCCAACCGCGCCAUCGAGAUCCUUGGUGGCGAGCUGGGCAGCAAGAACCUUGUCCACCCCAACGACCAUGUCAACAACGGCCAGUCCUCCAACGACACUUUCCCCACCGCUAUGCACGUCGCUGCUGUCGUCGAGAUCCACCACCGCCUUCUGCCUGCCCUCGAGAAGCUCGAGGCUGCCCUCAAGGCCAAGAGCGCCGAGUUUGAGAAGAUCAUCAAGAUCGGCCGUACCCAUCUGCAGGAUGCCACUCCCCUGACCCUCGGCCAGGAGUUCUCGGGCUACACCCAGCAAGUCACCUACGGCAUCGAGCGCGUCAAGGCCACCCUGCCUCACCUUUACAACCUGGCCCAGGGCGGAACCGCCGUCGGAACCGGUCUGAACACCAAGAAGGGCUUUGAUGUCAAGAUUGCCGCCGAAAUCGCCAACAUCACUGGCCUUCCCUUCCAGACUGCCCCCAACAAGUUCGAAGCCCUUGCUGCCCACGAUGCCAUCGUCGAGGCCAGCGGUGCCCUCAACGUCCUGGCCGUCUCGCUCAACAAGAUUGCCAACGACAUCCGUCUCCUCGGCUCCGGCCCUCGCUGCGGCCUUGGCGAGCUGAGCCUGCCUGAGAACGAGCCCGGAUCCUCGAUCAUGCCCGGCAAGGUCAACCCCACCCAGUCCGAGGCCAUGACCAUGGUUUGCGCCCAGGUCAUUGGCAACCACACCGCCAUCUCCGUUGCCGGCAGCCAGGGACACUUUGAGCUCAAUGUCUUCAAGCCUGUCCUCAUCCGCAACCUCAUCCACUCCAUCCGCCUCAUUUCCGACGCCUCCGUUUCCUUCACCGACAACUGCGUUGUCGGCAUCCGUGCCAACGAGAAGCGCAUCUCCUCCCUCCUGAACGAGUCGCUCAUGCUGGUCACCGCCCUCAACCCUUACAUUGGCUACGACAACGCCGCUAAGGCUGCCAAGAAGGCCCACAAGGAAGGAACCUCUCUCAAGGAGGCCACCGUCUCGCUCGGCCUGCUCACUCCCGAGCAGUUCGACGAGUACGUCCGCCCCGAGAAGAUGAUUGGCCCCAAGUAAACAUACCACUGCGGCCCAACGGAAUAUAUUGUCUGGAAUAUGAUGCAAUGUAGAUACCCGCACAGCUGCAGCGAUCAUGCAUUGGCGUGCCACAGCGAGGGUUUGCUCCAAGCUGACGGGGCGGUGAUCGAUGGAG